CAAGCGAUCGGUUGGUUUGGGGUUCUAUUUUUGGAGCCCGCCACAGACUCGACACAGCUGUUUCCAAUAGUUUCGAGGAAAAAUAAAAGAAAACCGAACGAACGUAUACGAGAUUUUUCAUCGUUCCGCUGCAUUUGCAAUCAGAUUGCAUUCUUUUUUACAUAAUUAGCAUUGUGCGUUGUUGUUGGCUGGAUCAAAAUAAUGGAGUACGAUACAAACUAUCAUCAGGUAUGCUCGACGCGCACCGUGCAGUCGGAUAAGAAGGGUUUCUUCAACGAGUUCUAUGUGGAUGUGAAAGACGCGUGUGGCGACAAGUGGCUGCAGAACUAUUUCGGCAAACUCAAAUCGAAUGCGGCACGCAUUUUGUCCAUAUUCAGUGAUCGUGAGGUCUGCGAUCCAGUGCUCGGUGUACUGGAGCAUGUGCAGCCUGUCUACAAGCAGAAGGAUGUUCUCUUGUCCUCGCAACGACGCGCCCAGGCAGACAAGUUCUAUCUGAUGAGUUGCAGCUCCAAAAUACCAGACGAGCGCAAGGAACUGCUGCAGCAGGCGUUGGGUCACGCCAAUUUGGCAGUGAUGCGAGCGCCGGGUCCACAAGUGGAUACGGCCAUUGAUAAUGGUCUUUCGUUGGCGAUGGCUUAUCGCACGCGUGCCACGAUCCUUAUUACCAUGGGGGAGGGCGAGGCGGCCUUAAGUGACCUCAAGCUGGCCACGAACUUCGGGCUGGAGACCAAGGAGAGCGUGGACUACUAUUGCAAGAUGGCCAAGGCUUAUGCAGUAAUGGGCGAGAAGGCGCGUGCUGAGAUCUCUUUGAAAAUUGCUGAGAAGCUGGCGGGCGCAGACUCUGCAUUGAUUGCUGCCUGCCGGAAGGAGGUGGCUGCUGCGCAGCACGCUAAGCCUGAGCGUGCACCGCACAAGGAAGCCGUGGUCCCAGCUUUAACUCAUGGUGAGAAUCCAGCGCUUAGUGGCGCUGCCAAUGUGGUCAAGCUGGUGGAUACAAAGGAGAAGGGUCGCUUUGUGGUGGCUAAUGAAGGCAUCAAGACUGGCGAUGUGGUGCUCUGUGAGAAUCCCGUUGCUGCCUGUCUGCUGCCCAGUUUCUUUGGCACCAAUUGCCAUCAUUGCUUCAAAAGGCUACGCACUCCGGUUGCCUGUCUGCACUGCUCCGGCAUCGCCUUCUGCUCCGCGCAGUGCAUGGGUGAGGCCUGCGAGAGUUAUCAUCGUUUCGAGUGCCAGUUUAUGGACUUGUUCAUUGGCUCCGGUAUGUCCAUACUCUGCUUCAUUGCAUUGCGCGUCUUCACGCAGGCGUCGAGCUUGGAUGAUGGUCUAACCACGGCUAAUCUUCUGUUUGAGCACUUGUGCUCGCAUCAGGAUGAACGGCAGGCCGAUGAUCAUUUGCAGCGUUCACUCAUGGCGGGCUUCCUUAUGCGUGUGCUGCAGAAGGCUCAGUACUUUGGACGUCGCAAAACCGAGGGCGUCAAUCCCACGGCAGUGGAACUGCAGGUGGCCACCGCCUUGUUGGGCUUGCUCCAGGUGCUGCAGUACAAUGCCCACGAGAUCUAUCAUACAAUGGUGACGGACGAGCAUUGCUUCGAGGGCUGCCGCGUGAUCUAUUUGGGUGCUGGAUUAUAUGGAACUGGCUCCUACUUCAAUCACGAGUGCUGUCCCAGCGUAGCUGGUUAUUAUGUUGGUAAGAAGUUGGUGCUGGCGGCGACGAAGCCGCAUCGUCCCAACGAAACUGUUGCGGUCAACUAUGGACCCAUCUUUACCAAGAUGAAUCUGAAAGAGCGACAGCGUUCCUUGCGUGGUCGCUAUGCGUUUAGUUGCAACUGCAUGACGUGCCAGGAAAAUUGGCCUCUGCUCCAGAAGAUCGACAAGCAGGUGCGAUUCUGGUGCACUUCUGCCAAUUGCGUGAAUCUUCUACGUUUCCCCAAGGAUCUGGCUAAGGAUGUGCGCUGUCCACGUUGUCGCAAGAAUAUCUCAUUGAAGGAGAGCGUGGUGAGGCUCAUUAAAGUGGAAGAACAAUAUCGCGAGGCUGCCGAAGCGAUGCAGGCGCAAAAAACCAACGAGGCAAUUGAUCUCUUCAAGGAGGCAAUUGAUGCAUUUUUCCAGAUUGCUGCUCUACCGCACAAGGAUACUCUCAUUGCGCAGCAAUCGCUGCUCAAGUGCUUGGCCGACACGGGCUCCACAUUUAAAAAGUAAUACUUGGAUUUUAUAAAAAAAAAUUAACAAUCAUUUUAAAAAUUAAAUUUUGUUUUUGCAAAAAA